GAGGAGAAAGCAACAAUGGCGUCGACGCCAUUGGAAUACAGUCCAAGGUUCUCGAGUAUAAAUACCGGGCGCAUCCUCCGCUCCUUCUCAUCACUGUCUUCCCCGUUCGCGUGCUCCUCUUCUCUUCUCGCCGCCUCGAACGCGUUCGCCAUUCGCUCCACGCAUUCUGGUUCCGGAACUUGCAGACACCAUCGAUCGAAGCGGGCAUUGCGCGUCUCGGCUUUUCAGAGGACCGAGCCAGAUCGGCGGUUGGAUAAGCUAGGCAAGGGAGAGAUGACGAUCAAGCCGGCGGUUCGGAUUUCGGACCGGAAGCUGAUCGUGAAGGACCGGACCAUCCUGACGGGGGUGCCGGACAACGUCGUCGCCGCGUCCGGCCCGGUCGAGGAGGGGGUCUUCCUCGGGGCGGUCUUCGACAGGGACGACAGCCGCCACGUGGUGCCGGUGGGGAUCCUCCGCGACGUCCGGUUCAUGGCCUGCUUCCGGUUCAAGCUCUGGUGGAUGGCCCAGAAGACGGGGGACCGAGGGAGCGAGAUCCCGCUGGAGACCCAGUUCCUGCUGGUCGAGACCAAGGACGGGUCGCACCUCGAGUCCGAUGACGGGGACGAGGAGAACCAGAUCGUGUACACCGUCUUCCUCCCUCUGAUCGAAGGACCGUUCAGGGCGUGCCUGCAGGGGAAUGAGCGUGACGAGCUCGAGCUCUGCCUCGAGAGCGGCGAUGUUGAGACGAAAGCCUCGUCCUUUAACCGCUCGGUGUUUGUCCACUCCGGCACGGACCCGUUCGCCACCAUCUUCGAGGCGAUCAGGGCCGUCAAACUGCACCUGAAGACUUUCCGGCAGCGGCACGAGAAGAAGCUGCCCGGGAUCGUCGACUAUUUCGGCUGGUGCACGUGGGAUGCGUUCUACCAGGAUGUGACGCAAGAGGGCGUCGAAGCCGGCCUCGAGUCUCUCGCGGCCGGCGGGACCCCGCCGAAGUUCGUGAUCAUCGACGAUGGGUGGCAGUCAGUUGGGAGCGAUCCCGUGGCCGAGGAGAGCUCUGAGGGCGAGAAGAAGCAGCAGUUGCUCAGAUUGACCGGAAUUAAGGAGAACGCCAAGUUCCAGAAGAAGGAUGACCCAACGGUGGGGAUCAAGAACAUCGUCAACACAGCAAAGAACAAUCACGGGCUCAAGUAUGUGUAUGUGUGGCACGCGAUCACGGGAUAUUGGGGAGGGGUCCGACCGGGAGUGAAGGAGAUGGAGGAAUAUGGGUCCUUGAUGAAGUACCCAUCCUUGUCGAAAGGGGUGAUCGAGAACGAGCCGACAUGGAAGAAUGAUGCGAUUGCGCUCCAGGGGUUGGGGCUUGUGAACCCAAAGAACGUGUACAAGUUCUACAAUGAGUUGCACAGUUACCUGGCGAGCGCGGGCAUAGAUGGGGUUAAGGUGGAUGUGCAGUGUAUACUCGAGACGCUUGGAGCCGGGUUGGGCGGUCGGGUCGAGUUGACACGGCAGUACCAGCAGGCGCUCGAUGCAUCGGUGGCCAGGAACUUCCCGGAUAAUGGUUGCAUUGCUUGCAUGAGCCACAACACCGAUGCCCUGUACUGCUCGAAGCAAACUGCUGUUGUGCGCGCAUCGGAUGAUUUCUACCCGAGAGAUCCUGUCUCGCACACCAUCCACAUAGCGGCGGUCGCGUACAACAGCGUCUUCCUGGGAGAGUUCAUGCAAACUGAUUGGGACAUGUUCCACUCUGUCCAUCCUGCUGCCGAGUACCAUGCUUCGGCCAGGGCAAUCAGCGGCGGUCCCAUCUAUGUCAGUGAUGCACCUGGGAAGCACAAUUUUGAGCUCCUUAAGAAGCUUGUUCUGCCUGACGGGUCGGUGCUCCGAGCCCGCUUGCCUGGUCGGCCCACCCGCGAUUGCUUAUUAUCUGACCCAGCCCGGGAUGGCGUUAGCUUGUUGAAGAUAUGGAACAUGAACAAGUACACGGGAGUCCUUGGCGUCUACAACUGCCAAGGAGCAGCCUGGAACAGCAUGGAGAGAAAGAACACUUUCCACCAAACCAAGGCCGAGGCCAUCACCGGAUACAUCCGUGGCCGUGAUGUCCACCUCAUCAGUGAAGCCGCCACGGACCCCACCUGGUCCGGCGACUGCGCCAUCUACUGCCACAAGAGCGGAGACCUCAUCAUCCUACCUUACAAUACCGCGAUGCCCGUGUCGCUCAAAGUCCUCGAGCACGACAUAAUAACUUUCACACCAAUCAAGGUCUUGGCACCUGGAUUCAGCUUUGCUCCGCUGGGGCUCAUCAACAUGUUCAAUGCUGGCGGAGCAAUUGAAGGGCUGAGAUACGAGGUCAAGGGUGGGGCUGAGUUGUCGGAGCUCGAGACCGAGUAUGCAGGAGAAGGGAAUGUCAUGGCCGAGCAAAGACUGGAGAAUCGCAGCAAUGAAUUGGUGGGGAUUGUUCAUAUGGAGGUCAAGGGAUGCGGCAAGUUCGGUGCAUACUCGUCCACUGGACCGAAGAGUUGCAAAUUGGGCAUGAGCGAGGUCGAGUUCAAAUACGAUGCGGCAUCCGGAUUGUUGAGCUUUGACUUGGAUCAUUUGCCUGAGGAGGCGCAGAGAGUUCAUGCCAUUGAAGUUCAAUUAUGAAUAGAUGAUGAGAAUGUGGAACUAGAGGCACAAUUAUAUGCAUUUCAGGGGUCGAGAUUGUGAUUUGUAAGGAAGUGGAUCCUGCAUUGCACCAUCACAAUGUUUUUGUACUAGUUCAGGAGGGUUCAUGAGCUCAUCAUGGAGAGCUUGAUUAAAUAAUUAAGAAUAAGAUUAGUUUGCUUCGUCAUCUUUGUAUGAACCCUGUGCUCAGUGUAACCUAUCAUGGGAUUAUUGGAGAUGCAUCGUCAGUCUUUGUUCUCCUUCAGAA